AUGACAAAAAACAUUUUCCAAAAAGAGAAAAAAAUUAAAUUAAUAAAUUCUAAACGAUUUAAACAAAAUGAUCAACACAAUAAUAAACAUAAUUAUCAUAUAUAUCCAUUUGAUAAAGUGAAUACAAGUAAUGGUAAUAUUGAGAUAAUUACAGAAAGAAUACGUGAUAAAUGGAAUAAGAAAAUUGAUUUCUUAUUAUCUGUUAUUGGGUUUGCUGUUGAUUUAGCAAAUGUCUGGAGAUUCCCUUAUUUGUGCUAUAAAAAUGGUGGUGGUGCUUUUCUGAUUCCAUAUGGUCUUAUGCUAAUAUUCGGUGGAAUUCCUUUAUUUUAUAUGGAAUUAGCUUUAGGACAAUUUAUUCGUAAAGGUGCUAUUACGUCAUGGGGAAGAGUGUGUCCACUUUUGAAAGGUGUUGGUUACAGUGUUGUUCUUGUGGCGUUCUACACUGAUUGGUUUUAUAAUAUGAUUAUAGCUUGGUCAUUAUAUUAUUUUGGGGCAUCAUUUACAUUCAAUUUACCAUGGAUGUCGUGUAAUAAUUCAUGGAAUACAGAGAAUUGCAUAGAUUUUCAUUUGACAAAAAAUGAUUCCAUUUCUCAAUGGGAUAAUUUUUCACUACGUAGCAAUUAUUCCAUUGUAGGGAAUAUAACAUUUCCUGUUGAAGAAUUUUUCAGUAAUCAAGUUCUAGGUCGUACUAAAGAUACAAAUGUAGAAAAUCCUGGUAAAAUUCAAUGGCAAAUACUAUUGUGCUUUAUAGCUGUUAUGGUUAUUUGUUAUUUUAGUCUGUGGAAAGGAAUACAUACAUCAGGCAAAGUUGUUUGGUUUACUGCAUUAUUUCCCUAUGUUGUAUUAAUAAUAUUUCUAUUUCGUGGAAUCACGUUACCUGGGUCUACAAAUGGUAUAUAUCAUUAUAUAUGGCCAAAUAUUGAGAAGCUUAAAUCCGCUGAACCAUGGGUAGAUGCUGCGACACAAGUAUUUUUUUCACUUGGACCUGGAUUCGGUGUACUUAUGGCUUAUGCAUCUUAUAAUGAAUUUCAUAAUAAUGUAUACAGGUAA